ACCACAGCCCAUGCUCACUGAGCCAGCUCCACAGACCAUGAGGCUGUCACUGACACUGACACUGCUGCUGCUGGGAGCCUGGGGCAUCCCAGGGGGCCUUGGAGACAGGGCUCCACUCACAGCCACUGCCCCGCAGCUGGACGAUGAGGAGAAGUACUCAGCUCAUAUGCCUGCUCACCUUCGCUGUGAUGCCUGCAGGGCGGUGGCCUACCAGAUGUGGCAACAUUUGGCAAAGGCAGAGGCCAAGCUUCACACCCGGGACUCAGGAGGGCAGCAGGAGCUGAGUGAAUCAGUAUACACAGACAUCCUGGACCAGAGCUGCUCCCAGACCUGGCAGGGCUACGGGGUCCGAGAAGUGAACCAGGUGAAACGUCUCACGGGCCCAGGACUCAGCAAGGGGCCAGAGCCAAACAUCAGUGUGAUGAUCACAGGGGGCCCCUGGCCCACCAGGCUCUCCAUGACAUGUUUGCACUACCUGGGGGAGUUUGGAGAAGACCAGAUCUACGAAGCCCACCAACAAGGCCGAGAGGCUCUGGAGGCGUUGCUGUGUGGAGGCCCCCAGGGGGCCUGCUCAGAGGAGGCACCUGUCACGAAGACAGAGCUCUAGUCCAACUGCUCCUUCCCCUUCCUGGUCAGCCCCUGAAGGGAGCUGGGCUUCCUCUGGAUCUGUCCUACUCCUUUGUGCAGGCUGCCUGGAGGGCAGGGAGGCCAUGCUUUUCUGUGCUGCCAUGGCCACCACCCCCCUCCUCAGGCUUUAGAACACUGGGGCCUGGUGUGUGUGAGGCGAGGCCUUCCCUUCUGGACUCAAAUAAAACCCAGUGACCUCCAUUUCUUGAUUUCUUCCCUCUGCAAAAG